AUGUGUUCAGAGAUGUCUAGUUUUUCUUUGAACAAUUUGGCAGUAUUUACAAACUAUUGCAUUCAAAUGUCUGCGUUUACCACGAGUAGUAUUGGAAACAGGAGUGACUGCUUUUUUUGUUCCACCGAUGAAGAGGGUUAGUAAGUACAUUAUAGUGGCUAUAGGUACGUUAGCUACUAGUUACAUUAGUAAAGAUAAUAUAACAAAUAAUGGUUUAAGUGUUUUAGUGACUCUUGAAUCAAUUUGCUGGUCACAAGCAGCAUUCCAGGCCUGUGUAUGCCGAUUGUGUAAAGAGUUAAUUCUGGGAUAAAGAAACAAAUCAACAGAAUACAAAAGAAUGCGAUCUACACAUCAAGCUAAAUGGCGAGGAAAGAUGUAAUAAGAUGACCCAGCGAUCAAACGAACGAACAAAAAGAAGAGUAAAAAUCAACCAGAGAAGAUAGAUGAUAGAUGAUAGAUGGUUUAUUUAAAUCACAUCGCAGCCCGAAGGCUGAAUUAAGUAACUUUUACAACUUUUAAAAGGACAAUAAUAAUCUAUGAUAAAUCUAUGUUAAAUAUAAUGAUAAAAAUGUUUAAAUUUGUAAAACUUUUUCAUCCUUGAACUAAAAUUUAAGAAAUAAUCUAUGUAUUAUGAGAAGAUGCGUUGAAUAGACGGGACAUUGCGAGUAUGAAAGUGUUAUUUGCCCUAUUGGUGUGAACGCGCGGUAAAACAAAGGGACGAUUGUAUCGAAAAUUAUAAACAACAUUAUUUUUCUGUGGCAGUAAUCCAUGUAGCUUAUGGUUGGGGUCGGCUACUAUGGCGUCAAACAGUUUAGUGCAUAGCUGGCUAUGGUGUUCGGUUAUUGGCGUUAUUCCCAAAACUUCGCAGGCUUUGUUGUAGUUCAUGCUGGGCAAAAUUAUCGAUAGUGCCCUUUUCUCGAUAUGUAUGAGCUCGUUCUUAAGGUACUGCGGAAGCGCGUUGUGAAAAACCGGAACUCCGUAGUCUAUAGUAGAUCGAACACACGAAAGAUAGAAAAGAAUUAGGUCUGAAGGAGGUAGUCGGGCCCGUUUCAGCUGUACAAGGAAGUAUUGUUUUUUGUUGGUUUUCUUUACUAACUCGUUAAUGUGGGCGUUCCAAGUUAAGUUGUCGCUUAUAGUUAUAUCUAGUAACUUGGCACUGUUUACCACUUCGAUUUCCUUAUCAUCGAUGGACACCGAAUCGAAGGCCUCAGGGUUCCGGGAAAACGAGAUUCUCAACUCUUUGCAUUUAUCUGGAUUUAGCACUACCCUGUUCUUACGGGACCAUUCGAUUAAUUCGUCGGUUAUACCCUAAACCAGGAAAGAAAAACUCGAAAUUAUAAGCAUGAGCCUCUGAACAGUCAGAUAGCGAGUAGGAAUGCCGUAAGGAUCACGUAGAUAUUAUCAGUCAUGGAUGCGAAACCUAUUUUAAUUUUUUUUUUAUUUAGCCCCAGGUCAUCCUCCGGCCGACCUAUCAGUGUUCAACACCAGUUCGACCUCCAUCAAAGUUGAAUGGAGUCCAGUCCCAGCAGAAUUUCGUCGAGGAAUUAUCCUUGGAUAUCGUGUUUUUUUGACCAGGUCCGCACAAAACGGCCUUGGAAGACGAAAACGUGACUUGUUACAGAACGGAAACGUAACCUGCAGCGAGACGACAAACCUUACCACAGAAUUUCAAGGUCUUGAAAUGUAUUCCAAUUAUUGUGUAGAGGCUGUCGCUUACAAUCGGGUUGGAGAAAGUGGAAGGACAAACGUAACAUGUACAUUAACAGACGAAGCAGGUAUUUUAAAAUACAUUUUUAUCCCUUUGAAACACCUCAUCGCAGGCCUGGAAGUGAAGCGAAUUUGUAAUCGUAUUAAAUUUUGGCAGUUUUCUUUUUAAGUAAAAAAUGUUAAAUGGAAGAAACAAAGGGGGGGAGGGGGUGGGGAGAGGUCCUGAACAUAUUUCACACGCGAAUUUUAGAAAACUUCACGUGUCGGUUUCUCAUUUGGACCUCAAUCACGUGUCUCUUACAUACUCUUUUCCCCCCUCCACGUGGAGUUAUCAUAUUUGAUUGAUUGAAUGAUUAAUUUUUAGUCCCCAGUCAAGCGCCCAGAAACCUAAUUGGCCACAACACCAGCUCGACAAGUCUGGUUAUUGGUUGGAGUUCAAUUGAAGCGAAAUUUAUUCACGGAAUACUCUUGGGUUACAAGAUAUUUUAUCGAAGAUCGAUUGAGUCUGAUACUGCUUCUCAAACUUUAAGCGUUAACGCAGAAACAUUAAGGAAAGGAAUCAAUGGAUUGCUAAAAUAUACGGAGUACUGCACAAAAGUAGCAGGCUUUACCAGAAAAGGAGAUGGAAAAUUCACAGACUGUUUGAACAUUACCACAGCUCAGGACAGUAAGUGAAAUGCAGUUAGACUAACGUCAGAUUUUAAUUCAAACCAAUAACGAAAUAAAAAGGUUCAAAGCUUGAUGAAUAAACCAAAAGGAGCUUUGAGUGGAAACAAGGGACCAGCGUAAAGGGUGGAGAAACCGUGCUCUAUACAAGGCAUGACUUGUUUGUGCUCUUGCCUCUGAUUGGUGUAGAUGUGGCCAGGUUAUCAAAGCAACGCACAAGGAAGUAAAAAUAAACAAAGAAGGAGACUAGAACUUGGCGUGAUAGCGGAUCUUGUUUGAUAAAUUUACCAGCUUUAUUCAGGCCGCUUUAUGUGAUUCUGAUUAUAUUAAUCAUUUAGAGCCAAGCUCUGCACCUCCCUCUGUUGUUGCGUCAUCGUAUGAAAGUCCGCACAGAAUAAAAUUGUCGUGGGAAGCUUUACCUCAAGGUGAGAGCAACGGAAGAAUGACUGGCUACCAAGUGGAAUAUCAAAUGAUUGGUCAAGGAGGAGAACCUGUACCUAUUUCGAAGACGUUUUCAGAGUUGGUACUACCGAACAUGAAGUCUUUUGUACUAAACAACCAGUCAGUUUUUACCUCAUUCAAGUUUAGGAUUGCAGCCGUGACAGAAGCUGGUAUAGGAGUUUUUAGUGAAGAAGUUAUCGGAGGUAUGUAUAUAAUUUCCUGUUGGGCUUGAAGUGUUUCUUGUAAGAUUUUUAGCUCGAAUAAAAGACAAGACCAAACAACAACAUCUACAGCAAAACAAAAUGACUUUGCAUUUCGCAAAUUAUGAGCGAUAUUCUGAGAAGCAAGAGGAGGAAAGAGUCAAUAAUGAAUUUGGCAAUUGCAAUCUUUUGCAGAAACUUGUCGUUGCGAAAAAGGAUUCUCAACAGCGUUGAAACCGACUGCCCUCGAUGAAAAUGGAGUGCUUCGUGAAAUAAUCACCGAUGUUAUCGAACAAUCUUGUGGCCAAUGUAAGGAUUACGGCAAAAUGCAACUUAGGAUUGUAGGGAAAAAUAACACAGAAUCAGAAGUGAGCUUCCCCGUCACGGCGAGUUCAGUACGAGUCAGUGAGUUCAGCAAAUACAUAGCUGUGAUUCAAGUGCCAGGGAUGUUGGUUAUCAAACGACGAAAUGAUAACCCUGGGAUGUACCAGAAAGUUUUAAAGUCGUCAGUCUUCGAUAACUGGCCAAUAUUUGUUUUCGCCCUCUUGACUAUGAUACUUGCUGGGAUGAUCAUUUGGAUUCUUGUAAGUUUUGUCAGUUGCCUUGAGACAUUUUGAAUUCUUUUCGAGUAUAUAGUUUUAUUUAUGAAACGCUGGGGAUUUUGGGACAUUGAAGAAGGAAGGCAGAUAUUAUAAUCGACAUUUGUUAGAGUAUUUAAAUCCCGGGAGCAAUACUUUCAAUUUGCUCAGUACCUCACACCCAGUCUUGCUCCAAGAACUCUUCCAAAGUUAGCUUAAGAGUCUCGAUCCAAUUCAACCAAAGUUAUUUAAUGUAAACCCAACAAAAAGAGUAGAAAAAGCGAGGGCGUGGUUAGGGAAGGGGGGUGACCUGGGCUGCUCGUUACGCCCCCCUCCCUUUUAAGACUUAUUUUUAGUUAAACACGGUAUGUUGGUCUACGUGAAAAUCUGGUGAGUACCCUCUGUUUGACAUUGUGUGACCCCCACCCCCCCUAUUGAAAAGUCUUGGCUACGCUCCAGUAGAGUGCAUGUAGUUGAAGGUAUUAUAGAAAUAUUUUCAUUGAUAUUUUAUCAAACAACACCCAGAUUGAAUACUUUCCCCCACCUUAAUAGACACAGUAUCGUUUUGGGUGAUUUGCUAUGUCUUAAAUCUAUAUUCUUAGGACUGUAGUGAGAAAGGAGACUCCUUUCCGCGCUCGUUUAUCAAAGGAGUAGCAGAAGGAUUCUGGUGGUCCUUUAUAACCAUGACGACAGUUGGGUAUGUCAUCAUAGAUACCAGUUGUAAUUACUAUUUUGCAAGCAGUGUAUGGGACAUCUUCUCCUAUUAACCCACCUGUCUUCCUCUCCUCUGAGAAGGACAGUGUCCCCAGUAGCUUUAGAUGUUUAUAUUAAGAGCUAGUAUGUAGAAAGAUAAGUUCUCAUCGUUGUAUAUACAAUUAAUUUUCAAACUGGUACUUUAUUCUUAUGAAAGCUUGUUCCUUUUUCAGUUACGGAGACCGCUUCCCAAAAGGUGUUUUGGCAAAGGCAUUUGCUAUUCUGUGGUUUCUGGUUGGACUUAUUAUCUUCACAUUUUUUGGCUCUGCGGUAACGGCACUGAUGACAGUUACUGUAAUCACAGGGGGCCCGACUUUAACGCAAACAAAAACAAAGGUAACAAUAAAUUGAAAAUUCAUAUAAUUAUAGCUCCUCGAUUUUAGUAGGAAACAAGAAAAACUAUUGCAUAACUUAUUGUGUUGAAAGUCCGCUCCACAUCUUUGCUAUUCUUUUAUUUGCCAGAUUUAUUGUAAAUAAUUGUGCAGUUUGAACCAAACAGGGGAAAUAAUCAAUGGUGUUCUUUCUGGGCGAGUAUAAGCACAGGGAAUCAUUUUCCUCAAAAAUAAAUUUAGGUUUUAAACACUAUACACUAUACUAAACGAAACUGGAAAUGUCCACUAUAUAUUAACAGCAGCACAUACGCAUAAGCAAUAUGUCUAAACUAGAAUCUCUUAUGUCAUAAAAAGCAUGAUACAAAAUUCAUAUAUUCUAUUCGCUGCAACAAAAAAGCUGAAAAGCCAAUAGAAAUGGCAAGCGUUAUAUUCCUAUUUAGGAUGUUAAAGAAUCCACUUUUAACACUUCAGAUUACCAGAAUUUCGGCAAGACCUCUUUAAUACGAAAAGGUUUAUGUUACUUUGUUUUUAGGUAUCAGCUGUUGCUAAUUCUACUGAGUUCAACCUCGCAGCCAAAACUCUGAGCGGAAAAUGGGAGAUCGGUAUGUCUUAACUCAACCACAAGCCUUUUAUUAGACCCUAUAUUUUAUUUGUAUUCGUACUUAUUUGAUUAAUACUGAGCUUCUUCGUCUUCUGCGUCGCUCGUGGCGUAACAGGCUCUUAAAUCGAAAAUGAACCAAAAAAUGAUACUUACGUUUAAUUAUUACUACAGGAAAACCGUAUGGCACCAUUAAGGAUCUUGUUAAUGCACUACGAUUUGGUAAAACUGACGCCAUUUUUGUUGACAUGUAUUUGCCGACGAAGAGACCAGACUGGUUCAAUGGUUCCUGGUAUGAGGUGGAACACAUUGUUGAAACUGAUAUGUCUUACGGAAUUGUUCUCCGAGGACAAGCUAUGAAACUGCACAGAGCUCUGAAAGAUUUGAUUAGACAGAAUAAUGUGCAAUCCAAAUAUCUUACUUCUGGGGAUGAAACUGCGGUAGGCUUAAAAUCAGUUUCUUUUCCCUAUAUAGAGGAAAGAAUAUUGAGCGACUCCUUUGUCAUUUUUACUUUGAGUUGUUGAAGUUGAAGUUUGACCUUUUUUACCAAGCAUCUAUGAGGAAAAAAAUAUCAAAGCUGAAGAUUCGCGGCGAACCUCGCCCAGUUACGAUUUAAUCCGUUGACUCCUAGAGUGACUGGCAUCUAAUUUUCCUUACAAUAUCAUCCCUGAAUCACACAUUAAGGUCAUGAGAAUGAAGGAAAUGAUCACCAACUAAAGAAGCUCUUUGUUGUUGAAGACGUCCUCCCUGUCAGCACCUUAGUAAAUGUAGAGCGACUUGAUGAGGAUGGUGUGCAAACUUCUGUCUGAAAUAAACCUAGAAUAUAUGAUACCUCAACUGGAGAACUAAAAUUAUUGGGGGAAGUUCACUGGUGAGCCCCCAUUCCUGCAGGUUGAUGGUUAGAGCUGUAUCUCUCUCGUACAGGACGGUUACAAUUGUAAUGUAGUGUUCAUGUGCCUUUGAUAUAUACCAAUAGGUCGUCGCACCUGUCCAUUCCCAUGAUACAACGUUCUUUGAAGUCAACAGUCCUUUCUUCAUUGUGACAAUCCUUGCAAUAAUUUCCAUGUUCAGUUGUGCCGUUGUCUGUGGGCUCAUUUAUGAGAUUCUACAUCGAAGAAGGGAAAGGAAACGUGCAGGUGGGAAGUUUCGUAUCUCGUAAUGGACCAGUCACUGUUCGUCUCCCUGGGGGGAGUGUAAUAAAGGGGGUAUUAAUAAACUUGAUAGCCAUUUGGGGGGAGGGAGGAAAUCCUGAGGAUUUUUUGGGGAUCACUUUGUUUUCAGGAAAAACUAAGGGGGGAAAAGUCGUGGCCAACAGGGUAUAAUAAAGGGGUAUUAAAGAAACUUGACAGCCAUUUAACCUCCGAUGGGGGGAAACGAGGAAAUCCUGGAGAUUUUUGGGGGAUCACUUUGUUUUCAAAAGGUACUGAGGGGGGAAAAGUCGUGGCCAACAGGGUAUAAUAAAGGGGUAUUAAAGAAACUUGACAGCCAUUUAACCUCCGAUGGGGGGAAACAAAGAAAUCCUGGAGAUUUUUGGGGGAUCACUUUGUUUUCAGGAGGAACUGAUGGGGGGAAAAGUCGUGGCCAACAGAGUAUAAUGAAGGGGUAUUAAAAGAAACUUGACAACCAUUUAACCUCCGAUGGGGGGAAACAAGGAAAUCCUGGAGAUUUUUGGGGAUCACUUUGUUUUCAGGAGGAACUGGUGGGGGGACAAGUCGUGCCCAACAGAGUAUAAAGGGGGACCAAAGAAUCUUGAAUGCCAUUUAACCCUCAAUGACGUGACCAUAAUCUGCGGACACGCCAGGCAGCAAAUAAUGACCGUAGACGGCAUUGUUAUGGGUCAGCGUGUUGACGUGACGAGAGACUCUGUUAGACUGGACUUAUUUCACAAAUUUCAUUUCACGAUAAACGUUACCUAAAACAUAUUUGGUUAAGGAAGGUUUUUAAUCAUAGAAUUAAUCAGUUUCCUGAUCGAACUCAUGUUAAGUCCAAAAUUUUUCAUAAACCUCAAUCUUGGAACCUAUAGAUUGAGAUAACAUGUGAUCUGUGUAACAAUUAAAUUACAUGGAGUUUCCUGAACGUUGCAUCUGCUGGGAAAAAAUUGAUUAUUUUCUUCAUUUCAGCUUUGUCAAAAAGGAACAAAGAAGCCUUGUCCUAUGAGCUUCGCGAAGUGGUCCAAGAAUUUAGAGAUUCGUUCUCAGCCAGAUUUUCCGCUAUGAAGAGAAAACACAAGAGACAACUGAAAUAUCUGAGCAAGAUAAGGGGCGGAGUCAUUCAAACUUACCUGUGAACAGACUGCUGAGGAAUUAAUUGUCAGUUUUUAGUGAGAAAAACAAGACCCACCGUCGAAAAAAUGAGAAUUUAUGACACUUUAAAGUAUUCGCCAAUAAUUUCGUGUCCAGGUCGCGCACGUUUUAACCGUAGAUUUUAAAUGUGACCUUAAGAAUCAUGGGUAGAAGAGAAGUAGUAUCACGUGUUUAACAGUAUGAAAAAAAUAGCGUUACGCCGUCAAGCAGCGUUGAGGAUAAAAGAUUUUAUUAUUGAUGUUUAGAAAUGAGAGAGACUUCUAAUAGCUUUUGACAAUUAGUUGUAGUCAUUUCUUUUCGACGGAGAUAUUUUCCAUAAUUGGAACAAGAUUUCUGGAAAAAGGAAAACACUAAUUUGUUGUACAAACCAAAAUAAUGGAGAUACGGAGUAAAUGGUCCCCAGAAUCUUCGGAGCACUUUAGUUUAAGCGUUUGAGCAUCUUUUGAAUUGAAUCGUGAUAUGUAUUGCUGUGUCAUGAGUAUUUUCAUCUGCUAAUGUAUGCACAGAUGACAAGCGGUAAUUACACGACGUCAGUAAACUUAUUAUGAUCGAAUACUAUCCUCUGUAAAGUCGAAGUUGAUAAUUUGUCGAAGAGAAGAAAAGGCUUUUACGUGUAACUCAUGGUAUUGUCAUCGUGCUCUCUUAAAUGGGCUUAAAUUCUACUUAGUAGAGUACUUAAAUCUUUUAUUUUCUUCAUAUGCCGUUUCCGCGCCAAUUUGAUCUAGUUAUUAAUUUGCCAACAAAACAUACAGUCAAAGUGUAAUGUUAACAGAAAAAGUCAUUCCUUUCCUAAAAUUAAAUGCCUAUUUCAUACACUGGUGUCUUUUCAGAUAAACUAGCGUCACUAUUAUCAUCAUUAUCUGUCAGUAAACGUGUCUAUCAGAAGAAGAAAAGUUAACAAAAUUUCGGCCUAAAAUUCGAAUUUGCAAGUCUCAAUAUUCAUAAUAACAUAACUCAACGAAGAAGACGCGCUUUACUUUGUAGACGGCUCAUGGCAAUACGAGAAUUAGAAUUGAAUUUUAUCAAAACAGAACUUUGUUACGAUUGCAUGAUUUGCGAUUAAACGGAGUGCUUUAUCAUUUUGUGUUUCGCUGGAUUGUCGCCAUGUUAAUUAAUGGGUUUCAUUAUGGAUGGAGCCUUGUUUUAACUAUUAUUGUGUCGCGCUCAAAACUUUUCAACUCCUGUUCUUCUUCAGCAUGAAUAAUUUAACGACUCAAACAGCCUUUGUUCACCUAGUAUUUCUAUUGGUGUAUCUCGUUUGGAACUUUCAUAGCACCUGCAGCUCAUAAAUGAAAUGGGGGUCAUUUAAAUUGACUGUGAUGUGCAAACUGCCAAAUGUAGCAUAUCCACGCUAUUUUCUUCGAUUAUGUUCUUCAGGAAACGUAAAGUUUCUUAGCUAGCAAUGGCAAGUUGACCUCUUCAUGGCUGGUUAAUCUAUUCCCAUCAUGUUUUACAAAUUAUGGAUCUUAAAUUUAAAUUUCAUCAUCACCGUAUUCAUUUUGCAGGUAAGAUUUUACAUUAUUACGUGUCAAGACUGUUGUCGACGCUGACAAUACCGAACUGUUCUGUCUGUACCAAAAAAAUUUCAAUUUGUGAUACUGUGAUUUUUUAGUAUCGUACACUUAUCUAAGUUAACUCUUCCAUAACAGUGUCGUUGUUGAUAUUAUUCUGUAUUUAACUAAUUGAACUAAUUGCUUUGAAGAAAAUUGUCUCGAACUUGCGUAAGUGUCAGCUGAAAUAUCCCUAACUUCAGCGUGGGUUGAUUUCCAGUUCUUUCGCGUUUCGAUUUCGUUUAUUUCGUCUUUCAGCUGUUUAAAGUUAUUACAACAAACUUUAGGUUUUGGUAUAGGAUUCGAAUAUUUUCAUGUUUCACUGCGGGAAAAUGAUCACAGAGAAAAAUCCGGAUAUGAAAAAAAAAACAAAAACAUCCUAAUGCCAUACUUGCAUGGAUUUAAGAUUGAGUGAAAAUAGGUUCAGUGCAUUGAUACGACGCGACCCUUUUCUUAUUUAACUCUUUAUAACAAACAUAAUCGCAAAACCAAAAGGGAUGCCAUAUUGAAAUGUAUUUGCUACAGAAUUAGUGAAAUUAUGUCAAUUUGUUAGAGAUUGUUUCAACACUUCCAAUAAAAAUACUGACUGGUGUAAGGUAAACCUUUAUAAACCUUAAAGUUAACCUGAACAACGGUUUCACAAGCUCUAGGUGAUGAAGAGAUUUCCCCCAUCUACCAUUAAGGUUUAGUAGAUAAUAUUCUUAUGUCUUGUCACUCGUCCAUAUCUAACGUGGUACCUAGUUUUGUAUGCAAACAUUUCCCCUCUUGGUUUAGUUAUAUAUCAUCGUCAAGGUGACGCCGAAAAAAGUUAGAUACGUCAUAUAUCGCCAGCCAAUGAACCAGGCAGCUGUCGUAUCAUGAUUGAUUUUUGGAUGAAAUCUCAGAGAUUGUUUGUCUUGUCAUUUUCGAGCGACAGAUUGGCACCCAGUGAGCUCAAAAUUAAAUGUCAGAUUAGUAUCCUAACCAUUGGGUUAAGCUAUUGUUUGACUGACUUUAUGUAAAAUGGAGGUACAUUAAGUCUUAUUUUUCUACGUUUUUGUUUUCUUUAAACCAUUUUUUCUUGAAUAAGGGCCACUUGAAGCAUUCUGCAUGAUGUACUGAAAAACCAAUUGCUUAGAUAACUGUAAAGCUUUCUUCAUUUUAGGCAAUAGUGGUAGGGCUAGAGUUAUUCUUAAUUCUUGCUCUUCCGUUUUUUUUUUUUAUCUCUCCAGGAAAAUUAUGGUACAAUAAAAUGUGAGGGCCAAAUAAACGGUAAGUCUGUAAAAGUGAGUUCUUAUUCAAACAAAUAUGAUUCAGAGUGAGGUUUGCAACUUAGGAUAAGAAGACGAACAGGCGCUUUAUUAGGAUUUAUAUACAGCCCAACAACCUUUAUGUCCACAACAUAUUUUUUCUUGAAUUAUACCAAAGAUUGCUUUCUUUUCACUUUAAGAAACGUUUAUUUCGGGUUUAGGUGUUCAGUCAUCUUCCAUGGAAUACCGAAUUUAUCAGUUCUGGUGAUAUUUCAUAAGUGAAGUAUUAGCAUGAAAAAUCUUGUUUUAAAUUAUGAGAUGGUAACGGAGUAGAGAUGUAGGCAAAGGGAAUGUAAGACUCUUCUUGAGGGUAUUAUAUUAGACACUCAUUGUUUGUGUACGAUUUAUCUUUCAUCCAGGAACAGCUCCCGUUCCGGAAGGCGCGAGAGUGAUUAACACUACAUAUAACUAUGUGGACGUCCGUUGGAAUACCAUUCCUACGAGUAAUUUUACCAACGGAACAGUUAAGGGAUAUAUCGUCGCACUUCAAAAAGUUGGCGGCUCUGAAGAAGAUGAGACUUUGCUAGUCACAAGUUGUCACUCAGACGGGAUAAAUGUCACAAAUCUUGAGGAAAACACGAAGUAUUGUGUCCAAGUGGCGGCCUUUACUGAAUAUGGAAAAGGCAAUAGUACUCCAUGCAUGUCAGCGGUUACUGGAGAAAGAGGUAUUUUCUGAUGCAUGCAAUGAUAUAGCAUAGCCAAAUUUUUAUCAGUUAAUUCAAUUGAAAGGUUUUUUUUAAGACACAAUAACGCAAAUUCUUUUCCCUUAAAGUAAUAGUCCCUUUUUGAAAACACAUAAGUAUAUGUGGCACUGAAUCUAAGCCACUUACUGUUAACAUUAUGCAUCAGUCGUUAUUUACUUUAACCCUUUAACUCCCAGAUCAAAUUUGUGAUUCUCCUUACUCUCAACCAUACAAUUAUAAUAAUGUUAGUUCAGAGAAUUUAGUAUUGGAUCAACUAAUUAUCCCCAAAUUGAUAUUUCUCUUUACUCUCGUCACUUAUCUGGUUGAUAUUGUAUCGAUAUUGUAAGGAGAAAUUCUGUCUUGGUCACUCAUGGGAUUUAAGGGAUUGAGUGUCGAAGAUUGUGAUCGAUAUGAUUAAUAUUAUGCAUCAAACAGAGCAUGAUGAAUAAGUUUUUCAGGAGCCGAAGUUCAUGGAGUACGUCUUAACUCUUCGGAGCUUUUCCUUUUUCAAUAUAUAAUUUAUUUCAUUUUCUUUUAUUACAGCUAGAGUAGAAUUCACUGCUUUCAACGAAAGUUCGACAUCUAUUCGAUUGAAAUGGGACAGCGAUAUACCGAUCCCAAUUGAUGACAGUCAAGAAGAUGGAUUGAAAAUAGAUUAUCGUCCGGCUGAUAGCACCGCAGAAAGAAGUCGACUUUUCUGUGGUGGUGAAAGCACUUAUUUGUUCAGCAAUUUGACUGCAUUCACCAAUUACUGUUUUAAUUUAGUCGGUUUCAACAAGGGUGAGAUUAUCACAAAGAUAAAUAACAGCCAGUGCGUUUAUACUGACGAAGAAGGUAGGUCCUUAAUUCGUUUUAUUUCAGUACAGUACCUUUUUUUAACGUUAAUGCAAACAGAAGCAAUGAUAAGAGUUUGGGUAGCUCACGCUAUUAGCUCAGUACUGUUGUUCUUUCGUUAGUGGGCAUGCAAAGUUUUUGUAUGGUUCAACUGCUAAUCUAACACACAGCCCUCUUUCUCAUCUGAGCUUGGGUCCGGCGAGGUAAAACCAAGAUGCGGGCUUCACCAAACAGUGUCGAUCAAAACUGUGUUAAAUAGAUCAUAUUUGUAGAUGAUGCUGACCACCCAUGCUUGGUUGGUCAUGGUUUUGCCCUGUGUCUUUAAUGGGUUAAUCUUUAGCAACUUAACAUCAGUAUUCAUUUUCUCUAUGCCCUUUUCUUGUUUAACAAUCAAAACUUCUAAGGGUGGCGAUCAUUUCCCUAAUUCUCAUGAUCUUAAUAAAUGAUUCAGUAAUUACUGCUGUUAGGAGAAAUUAGAUGCUGGUCACUCUUAGGGUCAAAAGGGUUAAAUGUGAUGACAAAGCGUUGUAAACAGGAAAAUCUCAGUCACCUUUUCCCGCCCUUUGCCCGGGUUUCACGCAUAAGUUAUCCUUAGCGUUUUCCCAUUACCUUUAAGCCCCCAGUGGACCGCCUCUUGAUGUCACAGUUCGUAAUGAAAGCUCUACCAGUAUGAACGUGACCUGGAGACCAAUCAAUGCAAGCUUACAGCACGGAAUAAUCCUCGGGUAUCGCAUUCACUACGAGAAGGAUAUGAAUGUUCCUCAACGUCGAAAGCGACGAAGUUCGCAAUCCUUUGACGUAACUGUGCUUGGACAGAACAACCUGACAUGGGUUAUUGAAGAAUUAGAGAAAUUCACCAACUACUGUAUUAAAACCGUGGGGUUUAACAGGAAGGGUGAUGGAAAGCAAAGUAACUGGGUUUGCACCAUGACAGAUGAGGAUGGUAAGAUAGAACCUUUUUUAACACUUACAACAGAUUCAGGGACACACUGUAAAAAAAGGAAACUAUUUCGAACGAACAACUUUCUCACAAAUUACUCCUUUCACUAUGAGCUCUAAGUUUUUGUAAGAAAACUCUCAGUUUUUAAUAUUUUGUAAAACAGAACCUAUAUCAUGUGAUACUUCCCUAACACGUGCAAUUUGCACUGCCCUUUUGGUUACUGCGUUUCUAAGAAAGGUUCAGUUGCGUCGCAAAGAGUGUGAUCGCCAACCUUGGGAAGCCUAUAUACUUCUCACUGCGGAUAUCACCACAAGUGCACGUUCACGACGUGUUAUAAAAUUACAAGUAUUGUCGUAAUAAACGCUACCAUACGUUGAAAAAAGCAAUUCAAGUUUUCAAUGACCUGUUUAUUUCAACAGUACCCAGUCAACCGCCAAUGAAUUUAACUGGAUACAACACGAGUUCAACAAGUAUCGCGAUUAAGUGGGGUGAAAUACCAAGUACUUUUGUCCACGGAUAUCUUUUGGGUCACCAAAUUUCUUAUGAACAGAUAAGCGGCGAGAUGGACGGUUCCCAGACAGCUGUCACCGUUGAUACCUCUCCCUACGAUAGAAAUAAGAGCCUCUCAGGUUUACAAGUGUACACCAAAUACUGUGUUCGCCUGGCCGGUAGAACCCGAAUUGGGACUGGAAAGAAGAGCGAAUGUAAGAAUAUCACGACUGACGAAGAAAGUAAGAAGAAAGUAAAAUGAAACAGAUCCUUCUUUUUCCACCUCUCUCUCCCUUCUUUCCACUUCUUUUACAUCUCUCCUUUUCCCAUCAAUUCACUCACCCACUUACACACUCACUUCCCUCCAUUUGCUUACGCAUUUAUUCACUCACACACUCACAAACUGACGCACUCAGGCACCACGCACUUAUUCUCUCAUUCAUUUAUUUGUUCAUUCAUCUCUUCAUUCCUUCCUUUCUCACCUUUCAGUUUCUCUUUCAUCCUUACCUCCUUUUUUCAUGUACUUAACCUUUUAACUCCCAAGGUCUCAUUAGUAAUUCAGUCUGCCAUAAAAUACUGAUGAUUUCAAUUUGAAGAAUUUGGUAUCGGAUCAACUUGUAGUCCCCUAAUUGAAUUUUCUUCUUUAUUCUCUUCAUUAUUUUGUUUGAUUCUGUGUUAAUAUUGUAAGGAGAAAUUCUGUCUUGGUCACUCAUUGGAGUUAAAGGGUUAAACUUCUGGUUAAGCGCAAAUAAAUAACAACUUAAAUGCUACUUGCUUUUCCAGUCCCAACAUCUCCCCCACUUGAUGUCACAGCUAUCGACGGCACAAGCACAGAUACCUUGAAUGUGUCGUGGAAGACACCUGUAGAACUCAACGGCAAGUUAACUGGCUACAAGAUUUUGGUAGAGACAACACUUGAAAACGGAACAACCCUGACGAACGAAAUCAUGACGUGCGACAACCGCAUCACCCUAACAGACCUUGAUAUGAACACAGAAUACAAGAUACGAGUGGCAGCAAGUACAAGAAAAGGACUGGGACCCUUCAGUGAAGUAGAAUAUGGAGGUACAGUUGUAAUGCAAGUUACGAUCAAAACUUUGCAUAACAAUGCUGCUUGGCGAUUCUGCAUUUAUUGUCUAAUCCUAUGCAAACAAGGCACAGGGACGAAAUGGAAAAUGAUAAAAAUUUUAGAGAAACUAAGUCCUUUUUGUCUCCCUUAUUUCUCGGUCUUUCCUUCAUCUUAACUGCUCUUGUCCCUUCCUCAAAUCACAAAAAAAUUCAAAAAUUUGACCUCUUAGCGUUUGGCGUUCGUGGAGAAAUUGUAGUCACUUGAUGAGUAAAAUACUAAAUUUUGAUAAUCUUUCAAUUCAGUCACAAACAGCCGAUCAAUUUUCAGAAUUCUUAUUUUCAAAACACUUAUUCAUUCAGUCGGCAUAUUUAAAUUACUUGUUAAAAAACUAUCCUUUGUUUUCAGAAACUUGCAAUUGUCCCGAAACUUUACGAGUAAUUGCUCAUCCCAGUUCCUUUGACGCAAACGGACAACCCACUCUAGGAAAAAUGAUGGAAGAAUUAGUGUUGGAAGCCUGCGGUGAGUGUCACACACACGAAAACAAAAAAACAAGGCUUAUUUCAGGUCUGGAGGAUGACUCUGACCUGAAGCUUCCAAGCGUCCAAUCCGGUGGUAGUGCACAGGAAGCAACUGGAACAAAGUUUGUGGCAGUACUUGAUGUACCAGGCUUGGUUGUUCUUCGAAGGAAAGUAGAAACAGAGUUAGGAUUUUAUGAAAAAGUGAUGGCGAACUCCGUGGUCAAUUCCUGGCCCAUAUGCGCAAUAUUUGGAGUAAUGACUCUUGCUGCAGCCCUACAAAUUUGGUUAUUGGUAAGAAAAUUGAUAAUUUGUUGAAAGCUUAAGAAUCCGCCUCAUGGUCAAAACCUCUUGAUCAUUUUCUCUUAGGCUUCUUGAUCUCUACUUGGGGGCGAGUUUUCCUCAUAAAUUGACCCAAUUUUACCGCUCUUCUGUUUCCUCCCAAACAUUUCAGGAUAUGCACAGCAAUCCGGAAGAAUUUCCACCAACAAUAGUCAAAGGUACCGGUGAAGGGUUAUGGUGGGCCUUCAUCACUGUCACAACGUUGGGGUAAGCAAUUUUAUUUGGCCAGCCAACCAUAUAUUUCGCUGGAAUGUUGAUGAAUAAAUUCAUUGAUUUCUUGGACUAAUAUUAGUGUUUGUAUAUGUUGUGUAUUUAUUUAGAGGAGACACUCACUAUUUAAUUGCUUUAUAUAUUCUGUCUUUAUUCAUCGAUCAACUAUCUAAUAAGCGGGUACAAUCGUGUUACUUGAUUAAAGUGCUUUUACAUCAUACAGUAAUCCCACAGUGAUAUUGCUAACAAUGGUACAAGUACUAUUAAUAUGUUCACAGUACACUAUAGUAUAAUAGAACGACUUUCAACUUUUUUAACGUUAUGAAUUUCUCUAUUUAUAAAAUCUUCCCACUUGACGAUGUGCUGAUGCCAUUAGUAAAAGAAUGCUUCUUUGAUUACUUUGAACUUACAGCAGAGAUCACAAUUGCUGGCGAAUUUCAUUGGCGUCAAUUACAGCUCUUACACGAAUGGCUUCGAAUGCGAUUAUUACUGCUUAUUCCUUAAACUAUCGUAGUGCGACGCAAAUUAAAAGCAAAGUAUUGGCUAGGCAGUAUGCGCAGAUACAUCCUCAAAGUAUUGACUGCUAGCACCUUUUUCUUACGUUGGUUUAAGGCACUGAGGAUUCUGCGUUACUUGUGCUAAGAGCUGCGUAGUAAGUGUAACUCAAACGGAAAUUCUUUUCUGUUUUUACAGGUAUGGAGAUCGAACUCCAAAAUCAGAUCUAUCAAAAAUAUUUGCUGUGGUGUGGUUCCUAAUCGGAAUGAUUGUGUUUGGCCUUUUCUCCAGCGCUAUUACUACUUCUCUGACUGUGGUCGUAGUGACCGGAGGACCCCAAGGAGAUGCGAAUAAACACGCAAACGUGCGUAUUACUAUUAUGGUAAUCAUUACUAGGAAUAAAAGGGGGGCAGAGGUUUCUUAAGAGGGAUACAAGACAAAAUCAUUCUUUAAUCAGUAUCAAAUAUUGUUGGACAUGAGCAACUGUGGUUCUUACUCCUUUGGUAUAAGGUUUUGUCGAUGGAGUGGUAUGCUGACAUCGAUGAUGCACGUCAUUUUCCGAAGAUUAACUCGGUAGAUUUAGAGGAGCUCGAGAUUUCUCAAGCUGUACGAUAAACGAAUUAAAACGAAAGCAUUUAUGAUUUUUUUACGUCAAAAGACGCUCUGAGAUAAAUUUGUUAGCAAAUUAGUCAUGAUAAAGUAAAUGGUUUGAACCCAGGAGUAUCAGUAGUUCGUAUAGCAACAACAGUUCUUUUCAGAACUACACUCACGCGGACGAUCACACUAUACGAACUAAAUUAGUCAUGACUUAAAAGCACCGGAGGCCUAAUAGAGAUAAUCUGUCAAUUUGUACUUAUCCUUCUUUGGAAUAGAUUUCCACCAUAAAAGGUUCCCAAGAAGAGCACAUUGCGGUGAGGAAAUUGUCCAACAAAUUCAAUAUAGGUAAGAAACAAACUUUGGGAGCUAAAAAUGACUUCAGAUUUCAUAAAAAUAUUGACAAACUUAUUCGCUUGACUAUUUUUUACUCUUGAUAUCCUCACUGGUGCGAUUGACCUGAAGCAUUCGUAUACUAUUUGUCUCAUAACGUGAAACUUUUCACACGCAAGAUCCGAUUGCUAAUUCUCCUCCCUAGCUGUUACACAUUUCCUUAUUAAUUAGUUACAAGAAUUUAGGGUUAAGAUCAAGAUGACAAAUUCUCUUGAUAAAUUUGAGAAUUCUAAUUACCUGUUUGCAGGAUAAUGGAGAAGUAACAAGUGAAUCACUUCUAAGAGUUAAAGAGUUAAGAUCAAGUUGAGCUCAUAACAGCGAUGGUUUGAAGAGGAAGAAACGUUUUCUGCACCGUUUUGCAAUUCAAGUUAUACUAAUAAAUGAGUGCUGCUAUUGUGUGCUCGGAUUCUAUAUUGAAGCCUUAUUGAUGAAAGGCAUACUUAUCUCUUGAAGGUACUUCGUAUGCUAACCUGUCAGAUUUGGCGGAUGCUCUGAGGACCGGGAAAACUGGUGCCAUUUUGUUAGAUUUGUUUGUCCAUAUGAAGAGAAAAGACUUAUUCAACCACACCACUACCUGGUAUACAGUCACUGAAGUAAUUAAUCAGAAAUUGACUCAUGGGAUUGAACUAAGAGGUGUUUCAACAAAACUGGCUAAAAAGCUUGAAAACUUUAUACUAGACAGAAACCUAGAGAGAAAUUUUCUUGAGGACAAGAAUGAAAAAGAUGAAAAAGAUGAAAAUGAAGAGGAAAAUGAAGCGAGUACGGUAAGGGACGCAAAAUUACUUUCAAUUCUGAUUUAAUGUGAAGAUUAUGUAGAGUAGAAGAGGUGACUUGGUGGUGGACAGGUUUAAACCCUGACCGAGUCACUGCCCGUUUGGUGUUGGGCGAGGCACAUUACAACGGACCUGCCUCUUUUCAGUGAAACUUAACAUUUUCCUAAGGAGUUAUAACACGUUACUAUGUCGAGGUAUAGAAUUAGGUGUCGCGAAUCGCGCUUUUACUUGAUAUCACAAGGGGACUGGGAAUACGGCCAAUGUGUGGGUUUAUUAGCUUAAACGACUUAUGGAUAUCCUUAGUAGGAAGUAAUGUUAUCGUCACGAUGGAAAUAGUGAAAACGUAAAGAUAACGAAAACGAUUCGCAUAAGCACUUUUACUCAUUCGUGCCUCGAUGGAUGACGAAGCAGUUUCUUUAUUUCGAUAUCAUUUACACAGGAAACUGUGCAAGAGGAGGAGGAACUGGUAUUUUUUGAACCAAAAAGUCCCUUCUUUCAAGGAACAUUGAAGUAUGGGGGAGGAGCUUUGGCAGGUCUAGUUCUAUGUGGAGUAAUCUACGAAACUUUUCGAUGGCUGAGAGGAAAAAAGAUCAGGCAUAUAGGUAAUCCUAUUCAUUAUAAAAAAUAGCAAUAUCUGCUGUUAUGCAACUCUACAAUUCCCAUUCAUUCCCAAGAGGGCAACAUCAAUUUUUUGCACUUACUCUUCGCAGGAAGGACCUGCCAGGAUGAAGACGAAAUGAGAGAACUUGUGGAGAAUUUUUACCAGGAUUUCACUCAAAAAUAUAAACAACUAAGAAAGAAAAACAAAGACGUAAUCAAAUUCUGUAAAAAGCACGCAGAAGGGACUCAUAGGUCUGUACAAAAGGAGAGCGAUAAUGCCAGAUGGUGGUAAUGCUAUUUAUUACAGUUUGCAUCUGAAAAGUUGACAGUUCAGUCAUAGUGUCGCUUGUCAAUUAUCACACAAGCCAGUCAUGAUCUUGUUCUCUUGAUUAAGUCUCGCGGUAAAUUGUUGUUACCAAGAUGCUUUACACGUGUAACCUGAAUUAAUCUCUCUCAGAGGAGUUUUCAAUUGUUUCGAAAGUAAUUCAGGAUUUCAUUAAUUUGCCUUGCCACACUCCUAGAAAAAUCGUCCCAAUUUCUAAGAAAAUGCAAAAAUUAAUUAUGCAAAACUAAAACUAAUUUUCCAUACUCGCGUUUUCCCGCGCUUCAGGAAAUCUGUUUGGUUUUAUGUCGAGUCUUCAUUGGCUCCUUUUGUUACUUUUUCUUUGUUCUGAUUGGCCACCAUAAUUACUUAAUGCUCGGUUUAGCGAAAUCCAAUCGAUACGCUUUCUGCGAAAUGAUAAAUGUAUGAAAAUACGAGGAUUGGAGGACAGUAUUAAAGAGGAGAUAGUCAUCAAAAUUGCUAUAAUUACCAAAGAAAUUAUGAAUUCUUCACAGUCACUUACAAGUAAUAACGUAAAAGAGACACAAUGAAUUAAAGAGAUGACUUUGGGUUUUUAAGGCAUCUUUAGUACAGCUCGUCUCUCAG